CACUUAAACUUGUUAAAAGAGUUUGAACCACAGAAGACGCUCAGAUAGAGAGAGUUAAUUUCGCAACACACUUAAUUUGCCCAAGGUUUAAGCGAACUAACCACCCAAAGUUUGGAUUCUGGGUCUGAUCCAGAGGCUAACAGACCCUCGAAAAAAUAUGGAUUUCAAUGACCUGAUGCCGCUCCUGAGUUUCUGGAUUGGUCAAAUUGGUGAUCUUGGUCUUGAUUUGCUAUGGCGUUUCAUACACAUAGUUGUGAGCUUAUGGCACAUCGUCUCUGGCAUCUUUGAGGCAAUCCUAAGCAAUGCCAUCUCGUUAGGAUUGAUUCAAAAGUACAGUGCCAUCGACAUUGAGAAACUCCGGUGUCUAGCUGUUGUUGUGGAUAUCGAAGUAGCUCGAGAUGUUUCCAAGGUUAUUGAUCUUUUACAGUGGCUAAAAACCAUUGGAGUGAAACAAGUUGGUCUAUUUGACUCCCAAGGUUUAUUGAAGAAGUCCAAGGAUAUGAUCCUUGAAAUGGUCCCGGGUUCAAUGUUAUUACAGGAGACUGGUGAAAAGGACAUCUCUCCUGACCGGAAGGGCAUUAUUGAUAUAGAGUUCAUUUCAUCAUCUGACAAUAAAGAAGCUGUUGUGAAGGCAGCCAACAUACUACUUGAGAAACACUUGAAAUCCAACAACCAUCCUGAGAAGGAUGAAGAAGGGGACAACGUUUUCACAGAGUCCCAUUUGAACGAAGCAUUAAGAGUUGUUGGUGAGAACGUACGCGUGCCUGAUCUGAUGCUGGUUUAUGGACCUGUGAGGAGCCACCUUGGUUUCCCUGCUUGGAGACUUCGAUACACUGAGAUCGUACAUAUGGGAUCCUUGAAGUAUAUGAGAUAUGGUUCCCUUCUCAAGGCAAUCCAUAAAUUUACAGGAGUGCGCCAAAACUAUGGCGUUUGAUGAUAUGAUUGUCAAGGUGCAGAUGGUUAUAGAGAGCAGAGCCUCAGAGAUUAGUUUUUGGUUUGUGGAGAGUACACAUAUAUAUGUCGUUCAUAAGAAGACAUUUUAGGAGCUACUAAUUCAACCAUCAUUAUUGCAAAUUUGUUCACAUUUUGUUCUGACAAAAACAGUAAUAAUGUUAAAAAGAAUUGCUAUCCAAACAA